AUGGUUUUAGUGAAAAGGAUUGCAACUCUCACUAUGAAGCUACCUGCAUUGUAUACAUAUGAUGUAUAUAAGCUAAAGAUGGAGUUUUUGAAAUCAGUUGGAUUUUCAGAACUUGAUAUUGCAAGGAUUUUGUUUAGUGAGCCUUAUAUUCUCUCUAGGAACCUUGAAAAUCAAAUCAUUCCGAGUGUUGAAAUUCUCAGGCGACUUCUCGGCAGUGAUGAGGAUGUUGUGAUAAUUGUAAAGAAAUGUUACCGGAUACUUGAGAAUUCUUUGGACAAGGUGCUUGAGCCGGAUAUAGAUAUGUUGAGGGGCCAUGGCGUGUCUGAAUCACUUAUUCCUGAAAUUUUUCUGGCUCUGCGUUCUGCAAUGAGUACAACACUCUGGCGGCACAAGUGGGAAAUUCUUAGGAGUUGUGGUAUGUCAAAAGAUGAGAUUGAUUCAGCAUUCAGGUUGCAACCCCAGUGUAUGAUUACUUCAGCGAAGAAGAUUCAGAAGAUGAUGCAUUUCUUUCUGAAUAAAGUGAAUUUCAAUACCUCCUAUAUUCGCAAAAAUCCAAAUCUUUUAAUGUCUAGCUUUGAGAAGAGGGUUGUUCCUAGGUGUUCUGUUCUGCAACUUCUGUUGUAUCAUGGCUUGAUACAGGAAGAUACUAAUUAUGUUGUCAAUGUGCUCAUAAUGACUGAGGAGACAGGGAGAUAA